AAAAUGGCUGCCAUGGCGCUAUGUCGGUUACGUUGUUUGAGAGAAACUUUCUACCGCAAAUAAUAACGUAAAUCAUUCUUGGGAAGCGAUAGAGGCUGCAUCAUCAAAUUUCAUCAUCAUGGAGAGCCGAAGUAACGAGUCAAUAGCGGGAAUGUCAGCAUUAACCUCGUUACCUGUGAUCGUGAAAGAGGAGCCUAUAGAGCAAAACGGCACCUCGAAGCAAGACUCACAACAACAAUCUCAAACACAGGACACAAUUUGUAUUGACGAGGAGUGCGGAGAUCAACGUAUCGAGUGCACUACCGAGAGCCAAGAAAGUGAGAUCCGCGCCUUCUUGUCCAAAUGUGUCUUCUGUAGUAAAGUAUUCGUCCUAGGAGAUGAUCCAAAGCUUCUGGAGUGCUUACACGCGGCUUGUACAGCAUGUAUCACUAAUAAGCUCAGUGAUCACAAUACAUCAGUGGAUGUGGAUGUGCUGUUGGAAAGCAAUUUGAUUAUGUGUCAUAUUUGUAAUGUAACUACCAAAGUGGAAAAUUUAAUUGAAAACAGAUUUCUCUUAAAGUUCUUGGAGGAAGAUAGUAAUUUGGGAUUAGAUGACGACUCUAAAGAAAUUGAAGAGGAAAAAAAAUGCACCAGCUGUCAUGAUAAUGCUACUGCUACCAGCUGGUGUGUCGAGUGUGAAGAAUUUAUUUGCCAGAAUUGUGUUAUGGCACAUCAAAGAUUGAAGAUUACUAAGGAUCAUACAAUUAAACCCAAGGAUGAAAUGACAAGUGACAAUAGGGAUAACGUCAAAAGAAGCAAUAAGAAGAUAUCUGGAUACUUAUUUUGCACAAUCCAUUGUCAUGAACAAUUAUCUUUAUUUUGUCAGACAUGUGAUAAAUUAACCUGUAGAGAUUGUCAACUCAGUGAACAUCGUGACCAUAAAUAUAAAUUUAUUCAUGAAAUUGCUGCUGAAACUCGUUCCUCCAUGUCUACUUUGCUCAAAGAAGUAAGUUACAAACGAGUAUUAUUAAGAAGCGCGAUGAAAGUUAUAGAGGAUAGGCAAGUUCUAAUAUUGGAGAAGAAAAAGAAUCUUGUUCAAGAUAUAACACAAAUGGUAGUACAAUUAACGAAUGCAAUUAACACAAGGGGAAAACAGUUGGUAAUGAGAUUAAAUGAAGUGUGCGAUCAAAAGCAGAAUACAUUAAAUGAGAAAAAAGUUGCUUUAGAUCAGUUAUCCAAACUUACGGAUCAUUGUAUACUCUUUGGCACUCAUGCUUUGAAUAAAGGCUCAGAUAUGGAAUUAUUAUACAGUAAAAAAUCCGUUACAAAUCAUUUACUAAGAAUAAAAAGCAAACGAGCCGAUAUUCCAAAUCCUGAGAUACCAGUCAGAAUACAUUUGUCUCUGGAAAAAGUGCCAGAAUUAAUAAAAGUGGUAUCAUCGAUUGGGGCGAUAGUCGUCGAUGGCAGAGUAUAUCCGUCCGCAUCUCCUGGGAAUAACACAACAGCAUACAAUGAACCGCAAGUUGAGCCAAAGCAAAUGACAAGCUCGACGAGCGCUCACGCGGACGGUAUUAUUCCGAUUAAUCAACAAGGAUUGUCGUUAUCAGGAGCAACUAUAACACAACAAUCCACCAACAUGCAACAAAAUUCUUAUAUACAACAAAAUAUAAUGCCGCUGCAACUAUCUCAACAACAGCAGCAACAACAGCAACCGCAAAAUUAUAUGCAACAAUAUAAUGCCACACCGCACAAUAUGCCACCCCGAUCAUCGCCACAGGCGCAUCAACCGCGUGUACCAUAUUCUGCCAACUAUAAUAAUAACAGUAGAUUACAACAACCUUUAGUGAUGCAUCAACAACGUCCCUUGGGUAAUUGUCACCAGCAACAAGUGACGUCGUCUACGCAUCCGCAUCAGCAGGUCCAGAAUCUCGAUCAACUUGGACAGAACUCAAGCUUACGCGGGCUUCUCGCACAUAAUCCUUCCCUUCCGCCGCCCCCUUAUCCGUCAUACCGAGCAUCCACCAAUCACGUGUCGUAUCGAUUACCACCUGGAUAUAGAUAUUCCUCAAGUGGUAGCCCUCAGAGAGGACCGGGGAUGGUUCAAGUACCACCGCAUCACGCGUAUCAACAGGCAAAUGCGCCCGUUGGAACGACACGUCUGCCUCAAUGUAAUUUAACUCCCCCAUCAACGCAACAUCUCGGAAGUUAUCCCAUGCAACAUCGUUGGCAUAUACCUCAGCAAGCGAAUCCUUGCCUUCCCUCUUAUACCUCGACAUCUCGACCUCAACACGCAGCUCCCAAUAUGACAGUCCUUCCUACCAAUGAGGGAUACAAAAUUACUUUAAGAAAUCAACAGACCAACAAUAAUCAAAAAUAUAAUGCCAAUGUCGGAAAUGUUAAUUCGUGCGAUAAUUCGUCGCAGUCGCAAAAUUCUACCGUUUCGUUGUUACAAGCUGUCAGUUCGUCGAUACCUAAAACGCCUAGUCCUGUUACCACGCCUGGCAAAUCAGACGAUACUGAGAAAAGUCUAGAUAAGUUUUGUCAGAAAUCAUUGAGUGAUCUGAUGCUCACUAUCGCGAAAUUAGAUAGUAAUGGAAUUUUAGUAAUACCGGAAGCUCAAAGAAAUCAAAUGGAUUCGACGCAAGUUGAUAGUUCCACCGACGAAGAUAUAAACUCCAUGACAGAAAAUACAACAGCAGACAAUUCGAAAAAUACAACGACGCCUAUGGUAAUGAAAGAUGAUCCGAACGAAGAUUGGUGCGCUGUCUGUAUGGACGGAGGAGAUGCGGUGCUAUGUUGUGAUAAAUGUCCGAAAGUCUUCCAUCUUUAUUGUCAUAUACCUAGCUUAAAAUCAUUUCCGGAUGAAAGUGAAACCUGGCAAUGUAUGUUGUGUACGAAUGUACUCGAUUGUUCAGACGAUAUAUCGAGCAACGAAAAAAGACCAACUGGUAUGAAUAGUAAAGAAUUACGAAUUGCGCAAAGAAUCGUCCUAGAACUCUAUUGUCAAUACGAGCAAAGUCUUCCUUUUCGGGAGGUUGUAUCGAGCGAGAUCACAGAUUACCAUCGAAUUAUCAAGAAGCCGAUUGCAUUAGAUAUAAUCAGGGAUAAAUUAAAGUCUGAUCAUACAGAUCAUUAUACAGAUCUGAGACAAGUCAUGGCGGACAUUAGACUCAUGUUUAAAAACGCUUUCACUUACAAUCCUGUGGAUUCUCAAGUAUAUCAAGAAGCUAGAAAUUUAGAAGAAUUUUUUGAAAAAUUAUUAUUAAAAUGGGCACCAAAUUAUGCAUAUGAUGAUCCUUUUCUCGCACCUGAAAAAGAUGAAGACGAAGAAGUUUUUCCACCCAAUAAAAAAUAUAGACGCAUAAUUAAUGGUUAA